GAAAUAGAAAAAGGGGAAAGCGCGUGUAUGAUGAAUGAUGAGAGUGAGAUCUCCUGAAGGAAAGGGUGGACUCCCACUUCCCAACAGAACAAAAAGGUCGCAGGCAGACUAUAUUUUUCCUCUCGAGAUUUCUCCCGCUCUCUCCAUGGGUUGUACGGGAUCCACGCGCGCCAAAGGAGACGAGAGUGCAAAGAAAAUUCGGAAGCCAAAACCUUGGAAGCAUUCUGAAACGAUUACGAGGACACAACUUAUGCAGUUGCGAGAUGAAUUCUGGGAUACCGCUCCUCACUAUGGUGGUAGGAAAGUUUUGCGAUACAAUUUGGACUUGGCAAUUGGUAUUGGAGUUCAAAAUUAUCAAGUUAAUUACUAUUUGUAA